UUAGCAACAAAUUAAAUUGGAAAAAAGCACCAUUGCAGAAAACUAAACGAGCUUCUAGUUCUACAAUUCAAAAAUAGUUUAUUUUGUUAGAAGAAACCUGAGUGUAGUUACAAUUGUGGCCACCAGAGGGCUACUGUGAUAGAGGCAAAACAUAACCACACUUUUUGCAGAAGGUAAAUAUUUUUGUUGUACACGAUGUCUGGAGCUAGAGCCUUGCCCCAAAGCAAAGAAGCGCUCCUCAAGUCCUACCGGACGCGCCUGAAGGACGAUGUUAAGAGCAUGUUGGAGAACUUUGAAGAGAUUGUUAAGCUCGCUAAAGGUGAACACGACACACAGCUGUCUCGGAUGACCCAGUGCGAGCAAGACACCUACGAAAUGCACGUUCGAGCGGCUAAUAUAGUGCGAGCUGGGGAGUCUUUAAUGAAACUAGUCUCAGACAUCAAACAGUACCUGAUUUUGAACGAUUUCCCGUCUGUGAAUGAAGCGAUCACGCAAAACUCGAAGCUCUUCAGGACAAAGCAGGCUGAAUGUGACCAAAAACUGAUGUCUUUGAGGGACGACAUGGCCGCGGAUUUGUACGACCUUGAAGAAGAGUAUUACAGUAGUUUGAAUAAAUAGUUUAUUGAAAUUGUAA